CUUUCCCGCGACUCUCGCUCGGCUUUCCAGUACCGCCUCUUGGCGGCGGCAGCAGAGGCACCAUGGCCGACGACGGCCGCCCUGCCGAGGCGCCCAGCCCACGGGGCUCCCCGGGUCGGGCGCCGCGGGUCCCGCGCGCGGUCGGGCCGGGAAGCGGGGCCAGCUGCGGGGAGACCCCUAGGACGCCGGCGCUGGCGCUGCGCUUCGACAAGCCCAUCAAGCAGGCCUUCUACAACACGGGGGCCGUGCUGUUCGUGUGCCUGUGCUGCGGCGCCGCCGUGCUCGUCUACUUCAUCCUGGAGGCCUUCCUGCGGCCACUGCUGUGGGCCGUGCUGUGCGGCACCUUCCUGCACCCCUUCAAGAGCUCGCUGACGCGCCUGGGCCGCCACUGGCUGCAGCGCCUGCACCGCGCGCACACGCCCAUCGUGCUGGCCGCGCUGCUGCUGCCGCUCUGCUUCGCCGACUACGGCGUUGAGGCCCUGGGCGAGCAGGCGCUGCGCCGCCGCCGCCUGCUGCUGCUGCUGGGCGCCGGCGGCCCGCUCCUCUACGGCCUCUACUGCCUCGGCAGCUACCUGGGCGUGCAGGUGCUGCUGGCGCACGCCGGCGCGCUCAUCUGCCGCGGGCUGGACUACUUCAGCAGCCUGUGGAUCUGGACACUGGUAGUUGGCUAUGUGUUGGCUGUCUCAUUCAAGUGGAAUGCAAGCACUGAACGCUACUUGAGAGCAGUUUCAAUUCCUGUCUGGAUUAUACUGCUUUUUCAUUUAGCAUCCCUGGCAGGUUCAUGGAGAAUUCCAGUAUUCCUGGUUAUUGUUUUCCUGAUGUCUGUGGGCACCCUCUAUGAAAAACAGAAUGGAAAAGAGUCUUCUGGAGCGGAGUUACCAGGGCAGGUUAUCUCCAUGGCAGCUUCUACUCUGGCAACCUUGGCCAUCUCCAUCACAGGGUAUGAAUCAAGUGCCGAUGACCAGCCCUCCGACCAGCCUGCAGAAACCAUGGACACAGGAGAACCCCCCGCACCACUGUCCUCAUCUCCUUCACCUUCUUCCCCCUCCCCUACUCUGGGUAGACAGAGGGCUGAAAUGGGAACAUUUCUCAGGAAGAAGAAAACCAGUGACAUCUACUUCGUGUCGCUCGUGUGGGCCAUCGUUGGUGUCCAGCUCUGGUUGAACCUGUGGAUUGUACAGUUGCUGCCGGUGCCUGUCGCAGUCUGGAUCCUCAAAAAGCUUGUCAUUCACUUUGGAGUCGUGGACUUCCUGGCGAAACGCUGCCGCGUGUGGUGGCAGGUGGCUGAGCACUUCCUCAAGGAGCGGCAGGAGGCUCUCGCACCAUGGCCGGUUAUUGGGCUUGGAAAAUUCUUGUUAAAAGUUGAUAGCAAGCUCUGGCACUGGCUAAAUAAGAAGAUGAUCAUCUGGUUGGAGAAGAUGUUAGACAAAAUAAUUAGCAUUUUCAUCAUAUUUUUAUUAGUGAUAGGAACCCUUCUUUUAGCCCUACUCCUGACUGCAAAGGUGCAUCAAGAGAGUGUGCACAUGAUUGAAGUCACAAGCAAUUUGAUUAAUGAGACUCUAGCAAAUCACCCUGAGUGGGCAAAUUGGCUUCCUGAAGCUCAAGUAGUCCAAAAAGCCCUCAAUUCUGCGGCUAACAACGUUUAUCAGUAUGGAAGAGAGUGGAUAACCCACAAGCUUCAUAAAAUUCUGGGAGAUAAGGUGAACAAUACUGCUGUAAUUGAAAAGCAAGUACUAGAACUUUGGGACAGAUUGUAUCAUUCUUGGUUUGUAAAGAAUGUAACGCAUUCUGGAAGGCACAAAGGACACAAGAUGCAUAUAAAUCGUCAGAAUAGCUGGCUGGGAGACAUCCUGGACUGGCAGGAUAUCGUUUCCUUUGUUCACGAGAACAUUGAGACAUUUCUUUCGAUCUUAGAGUCUCUGUGGAUUGUCAUGAGCCGGAACGUGAGCCUGCUUUUCACCACGGUCACCACCCUCCUGACCAUCCUCUUCUACAGCGGGACGGCCCUUCUCAAUUUUGUGCUAUCUCUGAUAAUUUUCCUGACCACACUAUUUUAUCUAUUAAGUUCCAGUGAUGAGUACUACAAGCCAGUGAAGUGGGUGAUAAGCCUGACACCACUAUCUCAGCCAGGUCCUUCUUCUAAUAUUAUUGGCCAGUCUGUGGAAGAAGCUAUCAGAGGGGUGUUUGAUGCUUCCCUCAAAAUGGCUGGCUUCUACGGAUUGUACACUUGGCUGACUCAUACUAUAUUUGGCAUCAAUAUUGUCUUCAUACCAUCAGCGUUAGCAGCAAUCCUCGGAGCGGUGCCAUUUCUGGGGACAUACUGGGCGGCAAUACCUGCCGUUCUAGACCUGUGGCUCACACAAGGCUUAGGGUGCAAAGCCAUCUUACUGCUGGUUUUUCAUCUCUUGCCAACAUACUUUGUAGACACUGCCAUCUACUCUGAUAUAUCAGGAGGUGGGCAUCCUUACUUGACAGGCUUGGCAGUGGCUGGUGGGGCGUACUACUUAGGCCUGGAAGGAGCAAUCAUUGGGCCCAUACUUCUCUGCAUACUCGUGGUCGCUUCCAAUAUCUACAGUGCCAUGCUAGUGAGUCCCACGAAUUCAGUGCCCACGCCAAACCAGACCCCAUGGCCUGCUCAGACUCAGCGGACUUUUCAUGAUAUUUCUGAGGAUCUGAAAUCUUCAGUAGACUGACAUGGUUUCCCCCGCAGUGAUUUCUGUAGGAGGCUCCGUCUUGAUAGUGAGUUCAGCUCAGCUGUGGCCUUCUGUCCUUUCAUCCGUGCCUAGCAAGCAGAGCCCGGAAAAGAAGCAGAACCCUCCUGGCCUUCCCUACAGAAUGCCUGGACAAGAGAGAGCUCGCUGUGGGGUGCUUUCCAUUUUAAAGCACGGCUUUAGAGCUCAGAAUUGUGGUUUGCUCACUUAAUUGUUGCUAGGAUGGCUUGAAGAGUUUCGAUUUAUACACUGGUACCAUGGCUUGAAGUUUCCCACUUUGGUUAUCUAUAUUAUUAUAAUAUGUAUUUAUAAAGUUAUUUCAAGAGCCCUAAACUACCUGCUGUUAAAAGUAUUUACAGUGUAAUUUUCUCCUGCUUUAAGGAAUCUGUUCUUAAACUUUUCUAUGGUCGUCACUUUUUAACGAAGAGGGUUUUCACUUUUGAAUUUGCAGUUUCUUGAGCAGGAAAAAGGAGUCAUCUUCCCUUCUUCCACCGUGUAUGGUCCCCUUUGUAAGAAAGAACAAAUCUUAAGUGUAAGACGGGGUGGCUUAUUUGAAUGUCAGUUAGUUGUGUGUUACAGCCAUAGGAGACACAGAAAGACUGUCUCUGCCCCCCACCCCCACCCCCCCUUCUCUUCCUUCCAUCCACCAUUACACUAUGACCAACUUUCUAAAACUUGGUUGACCACUUUGAAGUAAAAUACUGAUUAAGCUGCUAUUAAUGGUAAUAGUAUGACAGAAUUCACGUUGUGGUACAGUUUUUCUUUCCAGAUACUUUAAGUGAAAAAUCUCAGGAGUAGCAGUUCUCUGAGUUGUUGAAUGUAUCCCUGUUUGCUUAUUUGAAAUUCUGCCAAUUAGUUACUUAUUAGCAGUAGAAUGUUACAUUUAUGUAGUAUUUUUCCAUCACUUAGCACAGUGCCUUGCACAUAAGACUCUAGAUGAAGGCUUGUUGAAUUAUGACUUUUUUAAGUAUCUCAGAUAUCACAAUAACCAGCAUAGCGCUUUACAUCUUACAAGUCAUUUUGCGCAUAUUUUUUCACAGCCACUCCCCAUCAGCUUUCAUGUAGCUUUAUAUUAUUUUAGAACUGUUUCAUACAGACGGGGAAACUAAGGUUCAGAAAAAUUUAGUAAGAUUUUUACCUCAAGUCUUUCUGACUUGAUAGUCUGCAGACCGUGCUGUACUGUAACAUUUCUUCCAGUAUCUUCCACAGUUUUCCUAGUGUUGGUCCUACAGUUAAUGACAAGGCUGGGACUGGAACCUAGCUCUUAGCUCUGUGCCCUUUCCACUGUAUAAUGCAAUCAUCAGGCUCUUUAUCUGUCCCCAAGGGAAUAUGGAGGAGAAAGGGUUCCUAAGUAUCAAAGACCUCCCUUUGGAAAACGAAGGUGGAAGUCUUUUUUUUUUUUUUUCUAAAACAUUGUCUCCCUAAAGCAUAGUUAAUAAUAAUUAGCUUAAAUUUAUUCUGAUAUUACUUAAGAAAUUAGGUCCAUCUAGGAAAGAGGCUACUGUGAGGGCUUGACUUUAUACACUAGACUACAUGCAGGUCUCUUAUUUUUACUGUCACAAUCUGAUGUUACACCGAGUGUUCCUUUGGCCACUAACUGACUUCUGCUUUUCUUCAGUCAUUUGUUCAGGAAAACUUGUCAAGAGUUUGCCAGCUCUGGUUCCCAUGCCAAGUACUGUACAGGGUGCCACAGGCAAUCAUAAGAAGCCCUUCUCUCACCUUGAAUCUUGGCCACAUCAUGUGCGUUACUAAAAUUGAAAUUUUUGCAUUAAAAGGCUUAAAGAAAUCA